CAGGACUCAACUUGCUCUCCAAAAAAAGGCAACUCUUCCAACAACAGGCACAUAGAUGGACUCCAACACUGCACAAAUUUGACGCAAUCAUGGCCACCAAGGUCGAAUUCAAGACAACUUUCGAGGCAAAAAAGACCAUCGAACCUAUCUUUACUGGAGGCGAGGUUUCCAGCAAUGCUACCGGCAGCCUAAUCGCAACUUGCGUAGAAGAUGAUGUCUUGGUGGUUGACAUCAAGACAGUGACUGUUUUGUGCAGGAUCGAGGGCGACGGGGAACCAGUCACCAGUCUCUGUUUGGCUCCCAAUGCAUCAUGCCUGGCUAUUUCAUCCAGAUCGCUGUCGUUGCGCAUCUAUUCCCUGACACCGUCACCUGAUAUAUCUGUCCUCGAACACAAACUUUUGAGGACGUUAAAGCCACACAACACUCCCGUCGUAUCAAGUACGAUUGAUGCGACGGGCACAUUACUCGCGACGGGCGCUGCCGAUGGCAGUUUGAAAGUCUGGGAUAUCCGUGGUGGUUACACUUCACAUACGUUUCAUGGUCAUGGUGGCUUAAUUUCAGCUCUCAAAUUCUUCACUGCAGAUUCCAGUGGUCUAGCGACACAGGCAAACUCCAAGUCAAGUCGGAAGCGGAAAAGCCGGGAGGAAGAACAAGAAGAAUCACUUCCCUCGAAAUCAAUACACCUUGCGUCAGGUAGUGAAGACGGAAAAAUCCAGAUCUGGAAUCUCUCUGCACGAAAAUCAAUUGCCGCACUAGACUCCCACGUGAGUGUCGUCCGCAGUCUUUGCUAUUCUGAGGACACGGGUAUCCUGCUCUCUGCCAGUCGAGACAGAACGAUCAUCCUUUGGGACUCGACGACGUGGAAGCAACAAAGGGUCAUCCCUGCUCUGGAAGUGCUUGAAACAGCUGGCUUUCUGAAUGAAGGCCAACAAUGCUUUGCGGGAGGCGAACACGGUAUAGUAAGGAUAUGGAACACAACUACUGCGCGGGAAAUCACGCCGAAACAAACGCCGGGGCUCGAGAAUGAUUCCAUCUCUGCAAUCUUUAAUGUCGCCGACGAACACGCCCUCCUUUCUGUCCACCAAGACCAGACUCUCAGAUUCCACGACAUCACCAAGUUGGCAACGGGAUUCGGAACGGGAGAUACGCUAGUGCUUCCGCUUUUACGGACGAUAUCUGGCAAUUUUGAUGAAGUUAUCGAUAUGACAUGUGUUGGCCAUGACAGGUCUCUGGUCGCUUUAGCGACAAACACCGAAAGUAUCAAACUCAUCUCAAUCAAAGAGUCAGCACACGACUCAUCCAGAAGUGCCCCCAGCUUUGGAAGUGAUGUCGCCGUACUCGAGGGCCAUCAAGACAUCAUCAUUUGUCUUGAUGUGGACUGGUCCGGCCACUGGCUCGCAACUGGUGCCAAGGACAAUACUGCCAGAUUAUGGAGGUUGGAUCCAGAGUCGUCCUCCUACAGAUGUUUUGCCAUAUUUGCUGGACAUGCAGAAUCACUCGGCGCAGUAGCCCUACCGCGUAGCCCUCCUAGCGACGGUCCUGCGUUGAGAGCACCGGCAGAUCACCCCCCGGCAUUCCUCCUUACAGGCUCGCAAGACAAAACUAUCAAGCGUUGGGAUACAUCAAAACUGAAGUAUUCACCAUCAUCCACCGAACCCCAUACCGGCAGCAAGGCACUCUAUACACGAGUAGCUCACGACAAGGACAUCAACUCCCUUGAUGCCUCGGCCAUUGCUCCUCUCUUUGCUUCCGCCUCCCAGGAUCGAACCAUUAAGAUUUGGUCUCUGGAAGACGGAUCUGUUACGGGAAUACUUCGAGGUCAUAAGCGAGGAGUCUGGUCCGUACGGUUUUCACCAGCAGGCACACCGCCAGUCAAUCUAUCUGAAGGUGGAACCAGCGGGUCGAGGGGACUUCUCGUCAGCGGCUCCGGUGAUCGUACCGUCAAAAUUUGGUCAUUAUCGACGUACACGUGUCUGCAGACGUUUGAAGGCCACAGUAAUUCAGUGCUCAAAGUAUUGUGGCUCCCACCCUCCACCCCAUCCAACCAAGACUCCGAUUCCUCUCGGGAGCCUCGGCAGACACAUAACAACAAACCCAUGAUAGCCUCUGCUUCAGCUGAUACCCUUGUCAAAUUGUGGUCACCCUACUCUGGCGCCGACAGUGACCAUCUCCUCGCCACAUUGGACAACCAUACAGACCGAGUCUGGGCCCUGACCUCUGCAACAUCUUUCCCCCAGGCUACAAAAUCUGCAAAAUCACAAUCCGGAAAAGCUUACCCCCUAAUAUCGGGUGCCGCAGAUGCUACCCUGACUUUUUGGGAGGAUACGACCGUCCAAACGGCUAACACAGCCUCGUUGAAGGCCAGUGCCCGCAUCGAACAAGAUCAACAACUGCAGAACUACAUCAACGCCAAGAAUUACCGUGAAGCCAUCGUCCUUUCGUUGACUCUGAACCAUCCAGGGCGCUUGCUCCAUAUCUUCCAAGACGUGGUCAACCUGCCAGAUUCGGAGAAACAGCCCGACAGUAUCAUGGGUGUGACGGAGGUGGACGACGUGCUCGCCUCGCUCGACCAUUUGCAACUAUACACGCUGUUGGAGCGGGUGCGAGACUGGAAUACGAAUGCACGUACGGCAACGGUGGCGCAACGGGUCUUGAAUUGUAUCUUCAAGAGAUAUCAUGCCAGCGUCUUUCUUGACAUGGCUCGAGACCGUCGUUUGAAGGGGCUAAAGGACGUUAUGCGGGCUCUGGAGGUCUACACCGAGCGUCACUACAAGAGAAUGGACGAUCUGGCGGACGAGAGUUAUUUGAUUGAUUACACUCUGAGGGAAAUGGAUGGCGUGGGCCGUGGUUUGACCGGUGCAGAUCGAGGAGACGAGGAUGUUAUCAUGGUUUGACAAGCCUGGACUGUACUUGCAAGCGAUAGGAAUGUAGAUGC